AUGUAUCAGCCCGGAUCACACUUCCAGGCUUGGCAGCUAAGCCAGCGUUCCACAUCGAUUGUGCGACGAGUGUUUGGCAUACAUGGCGGAAUCGGAAGACGAGGAGGGUCUCGACUUAUCCAUCCGCUGUCUCCCUUCAGCAAGAAUCUGGCCUUCGUGUCAGGAGUAGCACUGAUCUACUGCUGUAUCACCACACCCAUCCAGCUUUCCUUCUUGUGGAACCGACCGGUGUGUCCAAGGCCCAUCGAGCUGCCGGUCGACAUGGCGGCAGAAGCUGUGUUCGUCAUCGAGCUUGCGCUGGCUUUCUUCACUGGCUUCUACCGUGUGGACGGGGAGUACGUGGACGAUCUUAAUGUCGUAGCGUCUUCAUACCUCAGAGGCUCCUUAAUCUUCGAUGCGAUCACAACGGCUCCGAUCUCGUGGGUCGAGUUCUUCGUGCUGCUGGGGAUCUGCAAGCAGGAGACGGACCUCUCGUAUGCUGACUUCGGCUACAUCUUCGCUCGGGCGCCCCUGCGCAUGCUUCGCCCGCUGAGGAUGAUCAAAGUGUUCCGCCUGCUUCGCCUUAUCAGGAUGAUGUCUUCCAUCAGCGAGUACAACUCCUCCUUCAGCCUGUGGGUCAGGAAGGCUCUGUACCUGCUAGUUACCCUCGUCGUCCUCGCACACAUCUGCCUCUGCGCCUUCUGGCUGGUCAAGGAGCUGACUAACGAAAGCCUGGUCGACUUCGUGUCGUCAUACGGGCUCGACGACGGAGAUCUGUGGGGCAAGUACAUUCUUUCAGCAUACUUUGUGAACACGGUCUUCACGACGGUGGGGUUCGGAGAUGUGACAGGGACUAACACGGCCGAGAGACUUUUUUGUAUCUUCUUGCUGUGGAUCGGAACGACGUGCUUUGCGGUCUUUGUCAGUGAAAUGCAGGAGACAGUCGUGAAGAUGAACGCGAGAGGGAACUCAAGGAAGGAGCGGCUUGAAGAUGCGAAGAUCACAUUGCAGGCGUGUAAUUGCGACAAGCUUCUGUACGAGGAAAUCUUGUCGUGGGUGAAUUUCUCUCACACCAUCGAUCAAGAUCAGGAAGAAACCUUGAAGUUAAUGAAAUCUCUCCCGGAUGACCUCAGGGAGAAACUCGCUCAGUGCAUCGACCGGGGAGUUCUUGCUGGCAUGCCCGUCUUCUCAACGGUCUUGACGAUGGUCUCAAGCCCCUUCCUGCCGAGCUUCCUGUGCGCGCUUAUCCUGGAGGCCGAGUACAUGCUGCUGAGGCUGAACGAGGUGGUGGCUACAGAGAGAGAGAUUGUCGACUGCCUUUACAUCAUUCUACGAGGAAGCGUCAAGGUGGUUUCAGACUCCGGGGAUAGCAUUGAGACUCAAGUCUUCCUCUCGAGUGGAGAUUAUUUCGGAGAGUUUGCGUCGAUUGGUUUCGUGAUGGGGCCUUCACCUUCACAGCUGCUAGUCAAGUCUAUGUCCAUGGGGGAAGCCAUCAUCAUCUUCGAGCGCUGGGCUGCGCUGGUCCAGCAGCUCCUGAACGCGAACAGGGAGGGGACGAUGGAUUGGACCAGCGUCGCUGCAGAGCUGACGAGCACAGGGAGCGUGCGGCACGGGAGCAUGUUCAAGGUAACGGAGUGGACGAAGAAGGGGGAGGCAGUAGACUGCAAGCUCAUGUUCGAGGAGGAGCUGGGAGGGGAGCUGGUGGGGGAAGGGAGGGCGGUGAGGGUGAGGUGCCUGUCGGCAAUCGGGCAGAUGCUCUGGAGCGAAGAGGCGACGGAGGUUGAGUCGCUGCUCCUGCUCGACGAGACGGUGGAGGCGCAGACGCGGCUGGAGAUGAUGAUCAGCGACGGGGAGAGGAGGAAGUUUGAGUUUGCGAGCGUGAGGGAGAAGCAGAAGUUCGUGGACCUGCUGGUUGCUGCCAACAGAGAGAUCGCGGUCAGGUCUGGCGCGAACAGUUUGAAAAGAGAUGACAAGAGAGUUAGAGUCUCUGAGAUUGUUGUGGAGGAGGCGGAGGAGAAGGAGGAGGAGAACUUUCACGUCGGGAGCUUCUUUCAUCAACAACACCAACAAUAA